AUGGAAAUUCAGUUUCAAAGACAUGUCAUCUUUGGGGCUGUGAUUUGGGCAACAACGCUUCUGAGUCCUAGCACUUGUUCAAAACCAUGUUAUUUUCCGGCCAUAUUCAACUUCGGAGACUCAAACUCAGACACCGGAGGCCUGUCCGCGGCGUUCGGGCAAGCCCCUUACCCCAAUGGAGAGACAUAUUUUCGAACACCUUCCGGGCGUUAUUCCGAUGGUCGUCUUAUAAUUGAUUUCAUAGCUGAAAGCUUGAGACUACCUCAUCUGAGUGCAUUUUUAGACUCGGUUGGAUCAAACUUCAGCCACGGAGCGAAUUUUGCGACUGCAGGAUCAACCAUUAGACCCCCAAACAUGACCAUCCAAUAUGGACCUAGUCCUGUUUCCUUAGAUGUGCAGUCUGUCGAGUUCUCAGACUUCCAUAGAAGAUCGCAAAUUUAUCGCAAAAAAGGGGAGAUUUUUGAGAAAAUGCUUCCCAGAGAAGAGUUCUUUUCUCAAGCACUAUAUACAUUUGACAUUGGCCAAAACGAUCUCACUGCUGGUUACAAGCUUAACAUGACAAUUGAACAAAUCAAGGCCUAUGUUCCAGAUGUGCUAGUCCAGUUCUCAAAUGUCAUCAAGAAUGUGUAUAAUCAAGGAGGAAGGACAUUUUGGAUCCACAACACAGGCCCAGUGGGCUGCUUACCCUAUAUUCUGGAUCGCUUCUUUGUAAACCCGGCCGAAUAUAACAAGUACGGAUGUGCAAGUCCGUUCAAUGAUGUCGCCCAAUUCUUCAACCAAAGAUUAAAGGAAGCUGUGGUUCAGCUUGAGAAAGAACUUCCCAUGGCUGCAAUCACCUAUGUAGAUAUCUACUCAGUGAAGUACACCCUCAUUACUCGUGCCAAGAAAUAUGGAUUCGAGAAGCCGCUUGUAGCGUGUUGUGGUCAUGGUGGGAAAUACAAUUACAACCUACAUGAGAAGUGUGGGGCGAAGAAGACUAUCAACGGCAAAGAGGUUGUAAUUGCUAACUCAUGCAAUGAUCCAACGACUAAGAUUAAUUGGGACGGGACGCAUUUCACCGAGGCCGCCAACAAAUGGAUUUUCCGACAAAUUGUUAACGGAGCUUUUUCCGAUCCACCAAACCCUUUGGAUAUGGCUUGUCAAAGAAGAAACAUAAAGAAUCGUGUUUAGACAGUGGAUAUGAGUUCGAGUUGUUUCUUCUUGGUUUUCAAAUAUUAUGCAGAGUUGU